AAUAUUUCGAAAACGUCCUUGCUUUCCUUUUAGUUUUCUCUCUCUUUCUCUCAUAUUCAAACAGCAAAAUCAUGGGUCUUAGAGACAUUGGUGCUUCGUUGCCUCCUGGUUUUCGGUUUUAUCCCAGUGAUGAAGAAUUGGUGUGCCAUUAUCUCUCCAAAAAGAUCUCAAACGAGGAAGCUCUCAAGGGUACUUUGGUCGAAAUCGACCUGCAUACAUGCGAGCCAUGGCAGCUUCCUGAGGUGGCUAAGCUCAACGCGAACGAGUGGUACUUCUUCAGCUUCCGGGACCGCAAAUAUGCGACGGGGUUUCGGACCAAUAGGGCGACGACAUCUGGAUAUUGGAAAGCCACGGGCAAGGAUCGAACGGUGGUGGAUCCGAUGACGAGAGAGGUUGUAGGGAUGAGGAAGACGUUGGUGUUCUACAGGAACAGAGCUCCCAAUGGUAUCAAAACGGGUUGGAUCAUGCAUGAGUUCCGCUUGGAGACCCCACAAAUGCCCCCUAAGGAAGACUGGGUUUUGUGUAGAGUAUUCCACAAAACCAAAUCAGAUGACAACACCAACAACAGCAAUAUCAGUGCCGAACUCAUGUGGGAUUCCAUUUCAUCUCCUUCUCUAACUUUGGCUUCUUCGUCUUCUCCAAACAGCCACACCUUCCCUCUCCUCGCCUACAACCAACUUUCCUCUUCUUCUACUUCCUCCAUCCCCACCUUCAUUAAUAACACCCAACCCAACCAGCAUUCUAAUUCUCUCCUCAACUUUCUCCAUUUUUCUCGGGAAACAAACACCGCCGCCACCAGCACCGCUACUCAGGACCAGGUUAGCCCCCGAGGCGGCGGCGGCGAUGAUGGCUAUGGCGGCUUCUUCUGGGACAUGUGCCUCGAAGAUAACAGUGGUUUUCAGAAUGGCGUCGAUGCUAUGAGAUCCUUCGAGGUUGAUAAUAAUAGCAUGGUCUUGUUGUGA